AUGCCGUCCGAUGUGGAGUACAGCCCGGUGGGAGAGGGCCUGGGGAUGCGGGACUUCUGGCUGUAUGUGUGGCUGCGCAGGGCGGCGGUGAUCGCGGCUCAUGUCACCGGCCUGGGCCUGACCCUCAUCCAUCUGCCUGCUGUCCAGACCGGGACCAGUCUGUUCUCUUGGCAUCCUGUUGGUGUAUGUCUGUCGCAGUAAUACUGCCUGUGUAUGACUGAAGGCGUCCUCCUCUCUCGGCUCGAAGGAUCCCCCUUCUGCUUCGUGUCCCGGAAAGGUAAAGUCCGUCUGCACUGGUUCUGCCAGGCUCUGGUCCUGAUAGCCGCGGCCACCGGCCUGGGCUUCUUGGUGGCCAGUAAGAACGUGUCGGAGCUCCCCCACCUGCUGACCUGGCACAGCGUGCUGGGGGUCUGCACUCUGGCUGCGACUGCGCUGCAGGCGGCCUGCGGCGUCGGCCUCCUCUUCCCUCAGCUUUGCGCCUGUCCUCCCCCCCCGCUGAGGCUGAAGCUGUACCACGCCACCGCUGCCUGGUGGGUCUACCUGCUGGCCACCGUCACCGUGGUGUCGGCCAUGUUUUCUGACUGGUUCCAGGCCACGGUGAAAGGCCUUGCCUGGUGGGCCUUCCUCCUGCUGCCCCUCUUCCCUGCCCUGGUGGUGAUGAACCAGAUCACUAACGCCUACCUGCCACGCAAGAAGAUCACCAGCUAGGAAGCACAGGAGCUUCCCCUCAAUCCCUCUGGGGCCAUGUUGGAUUGACCUUGUACUCAAUCAGACCGGAGCAGGAGCUAAAGCAGCCUUUGGAAGUUAAACAAGUAACACAACAUAAAAACAUGUCUGUCUUACACUGUCUUACAGCGCCGCUGUCUCUAAAGAACUUUAGAUUUACUGUGCUAAAUCGUUGUUAGUUACUGAAGAACACUUUCAACCUUAAAUGAAACGAUUCAUUUGUGUUUUCUAAUUUCUCUGCUCAAAUGAAUGCUGAAAUGAUUAUAACAGUUAUCGUUUCUUAUAGCAAGUGCAAAAACCAGAGGGUUGCUGCAGGCUGUUUUUUAGUGUGAUUCCAUUUGAUAAAUGAAUAGAUGAAUUCAUUGAAAGAAGUACAGAAUAUACAUUUUGGGCAGAAAUUGGACGGUAUGCAUUACCAGGUUGUUUGCUCAUAUAUGAACCCUGAUACCUCCUGACUCACUAACUCCAGCAAGAGAACGAAAGGCCUUCAAGCUCAGACUCCUGCUGAGGACAGAAGGAGUGGCACUAUGCACAGUGUGGGUAACCAUGCCCUGUAGAACACAUGUAUGAAGACCCAGCAGGUCGUGGUCGUCCUUGACACAUCAGCAGAGGAAUAUUUGCAUUCCGUAUGCAGUGAAAAUGAUGACGGUGCUGUGGAUGAUUUGAGACCAGCAUGCAAAUUCUAUAUAUGUAUUCUUUUGUGAUACAUUUGUCUGUCUUGGCUGCUUAAAUUAGCCACAUUUAAAGCAAGUUCCAUCAGUCAGUAAUAUGUUUGGAUAUUUAAAUAAGGAGAUGUCUGAUGGAGACCAAACAUAGCUGAUAUUGGACUGAGGUUCAGCAUGUGGACACUAACACCAGUCUAAAUAAAUGCUAACGUUUGCUCAGUGUCUGCAGAAUGUGCAAAUAAGCAGGGAGGAGGGCUUCUGUUCCUCCGUGGCCACACAAACCAAUCAAUGCAGCUUUAAUAGAGCAUGGCCACCAUCAUGUAGAGUCAUGAAUUAUACUAUAGAAUAUAACGUAUUGGUGGAGGGCGCUUUGAGCUAAUGACUUUCUUAUAGAGGCAGUUUGAAAACAGUAAACAUGUGGGAUAUGAGCUCUUUGAACAUUUGCUUAUAUCACUGGUGUUAGGGGGAUGGUUUCCUCAGUCCUCAUUUAUUAUUAAGUUGCUUGCUUUGAUAAUUAUAUGUGUAAAGCUACAUGCAUCACCUCUGAUGUGCUACCUUUUAUGUUGUGUUAUGUUUGCUUUUGUAGUCAAUAGGUGUACAAUAGAGUUCACUCAAUAGUGACCCCUCUUAUGUGUUGCUUUCUCAAACAAGGCCAAAGGCACAAUCCAGGAAUUGAAUGCAAAUGAAAACCUCCCAUCAUAUUUCACCCGUGCUCAAAGUUCUGUCUAGUCUUUCUCAAUAUCUCUGUAAAGUAUUUCAAUUGGUAGAACAUGCAAUCAAUGCACUUUACCCUCCAAUUCUAGUCCAGUUUCUAAUUCAGAGCAACUCUGUUGAUCCAAGGGCUAAUCAAUUACAAGUUGGUCUCCCCAAACUGGCUUCUCUCUGAGUGAGGCUUAACCAUCAAACUAAAUGUUUGAUACUGUCUACAGAACUAGCUGAGAAGGCCACACAGCAGCACCUAGCAGAGACUGCCUGACAGGCUGUAUUCAGGGCAUAUCAAAGUCCAAGCAGGACGUUUUUCACAGCAAAAUGAUGUAUCCAGCACUUAGCCAGAGCCCUGAUUUGUAAACCUGAUGCACUAAGACCUUUGGAUGUACUGCAGCACAUACAGGCAGCUUAUGUAAAUACUUUUUGGACAUAAUACCAUUUGAUGGUCAUGGAAUGUACUCUGUGUGUAAUUAAAAAUAAUAAUGGAAGAUAAUUCAACAUAUAAUGGUUCUCUAACGCUCAUAGACUGUAUAGGUAACGCCAGGAAAUAGUCUGGAACCAGAAAUGCUUCCACCUUUUCAUUUCCAGACUGGGUUUAAAAACCGGCCGCUCUUUGCUGGGUUUGUUGCCAUGUUUGAAGCGGUUUGAUGAUCAUGUUCUGCAAUAAUGAAUGUUUCCUUGAUGAAAAAGAGGUGUUCAAAUCCAAAUAGUGAGAAUGUUGUUACUUCUUUACUUUGAGAUGCUACUGAGAACAACUCAUUCUACAUAAAGAGUAUGGCUGUGCUGUAUGAGGAGAUCACAGUGGAAGUUAUUUCUCCAGUCCUUUUCAGCACUAUCUGUAAUAAACACAGAACUACAUUUGAA